CAUGGACCACAUCAGUGACUUUUUAUUGAUCCUCUAAAGCGAUCCAAUUAAAACUCUUAGCUGCUUCAUCCCGAGAGUCCAUUGGCUGACAACUGUUCUCGGGUCUCCACGGCCCCGCCCCCAUCUGUCAGGCACUGCGCUGCAACAGCACUGUGACUGUUGAUGCACUGGCGUGAGAUACUACUCUAACUUUAUACCGACAACUUGGAUGGACUUUUACUAAAAACAGAACAUUAUUUAACAGCAGGACUCGUUCAAGACGCGUGCGUAUCCAAACUCCAGCGUUCUGGAUAUUUCCCUCCACUUUCCCAAGCCUUCUUUUGCAGUAUGAAGUGCAGUUAUGGCAAGGAGUAGCAAGUCAGUAGCGAGGACCCUGGAGGAUUUGACGCUUGACUCGGGUUAUGGUGGAGCCGCCGACUCCUUCAGGUCUUCCAGUGCGUCGCUGUGCUUAUCAGAGGCACAUGGGGGGAAUCACUGGCAUUUAACCGACUCGAUGCACAGUCGACACAACAGUCUGGACACUGUUAACACGGUCUUGGUCGAAGACGCCGAGAUCCUGGAGAGCACCGAGCAGUGCGCUAAACUACCCGAGCUUGAGGAUGUGCCGUGGAGCCUCGGGGAACUUGCGAGCGCACUGUGCAGGGACAAGGAGAUGACCCUGCCGCCCCCCCCGCAGGACGUCCUGCUCAGGCUGUCGGAGCUGGUCAGCCGGGCCCUGGUCAGGGUCGCAAAGGAGUCGCAGCGCCUGAGUUUGCGCUACGCCAAAUGCACCAAAUACGAGAUCCAAAGUGCCAUAAAGAUCGUCCUGUCGUGGAGUGUGUCGAUGAGCUGCAUCAGCGCGGCCCUCAGUGCCUUGUCCCUGUACAACAUGAGCACGGAGGAUGACAAGUUUAGCCGCGGUAAGUCGGUGCGCUGUGGACUCAUCUUCAACGUGGGAAAGUUCUUCAGGUGGAUGGUGGACGGCAGGAUCGCGGUCAGGAUCCACGAGCACGCGGCAAUCUACCUGGCUGCGUGCAUGGAGAGCCUCUUUCGCGAGGUGUACGCGCGGGUGCUGCGCAGCGCGCUGCUGGAGCGGGAUAACGGGAUCCCCAAGUUUACUGUGGAAACCCUGGACCAGGCCGUCAACACUGACGCAGAGAUAUGGGGGUCUCUGCAGCCCUGGCAACACCUGAUAUGUGGGAAGAAUGCAAGUGGUGAGUUGUAA